AUGGCAACCAACCUCAAAAGUCAAGACCAGCCCGCCGUCGCCGUCGACGCAGCCAUGCACCAGACACCCGUCCCCGCCCUGCAGGUCAUCCAGCGCCUUGAGUCCGUCUGCAGCACCAGCAAGCGCAUGAUCCAGCUGUACCUCAUAUGCGGCGUCAUGUCCCUGGGCGCCACCAUGCUGGGCUUCGAUGGCUCCCUCAUGGGCACCAUGCUAGCCAUGAAGUCCUUUCAGGACCAGUUCGGCGCCAAGAUUGUCGGCAUCAAGACUGGCUACAUCUCCAGCAUGUACCAGAUCGGCUCCGUCUGCGCGCUGCCUUUUAUCGGGCCCCUGACGGAUACCUGGGGGCGGCGGUUUGGCGUGGGGACGGGAUGUGUGCUUCUUAUUAUGGGCACCAUCAUUCAGGGCACGUCUCGUGCGCUGCCGCAGUAUCUGGCGGGGCGUUUCUUCCUCGGCUUUGGUUGCUGCAUUGCCAACGCCGCGUGCCCGUCGUAUGUGGUCGAGAUGGCUCACCCUGUGUACCGCGGCGUCAUUACCGGCCUGUACAACUGCUGCUACUAUCUAGGCUCCAUUCUGGCCGCGGUCACUCUCCGCGGCAGCGCCGGCUACGCAGGCAACAAGUCGUGGCUAAUUCCCACAUGGAUGCAGCUGGUGUUCCCCGUCAUCGUCCUCCCGGCGGCCGUCUUCUUCCCGGAGUCACCACGCUGGCUGUUCGUCCAUGGAAAAAUCGAGCGCUGCCAGGCCGUCUUGACCAAGUACCACGGUAAUGACAAUCCAGAUUCGCUGUACGUCCAGCUGGAGCUGCGUGAGUUCAAGGAGGAGCUGGAGCUGAAUGGUGCGGAUCGCCGGUGGUGGGACUACCGCGUCUUGUUCAACUCGCGAGCAGCCGUCUACCGCGUCCUUCUGUGUGCUGUGGCCGUCCCUGCUUUUAGUCAGUGGUCGGGUCAAGGAAGCGUGACUUACUUCUUGCCGGCCAUGCUGGCGUCCACCGGCAUUGACGACUACACCACCGUCCUCGAUAUAAACAUCGGCAUAGCGCUAACUAGCGGCGCAGCAGCUUGUUGUGGUGCCAGUCUUUUAGACCGUUAUGGUCGCCGCAAGAUGCUCAUCACCUGCUGCGCGGUCAUGGGUCUACUGUGGGCCGGUCUGCUGGGGGGCACUGGCGCGUACUACACUCUACAAAACAGCGACGCAGCCAAGGCAUCCAUUGUCUUUGUCUUCCUGAUCGGGAUUGUCUUUUCUGCGGCCUACACGCCUCUCCAGGCGCUUUACCCAGCCGAGUGUCUGUCCUACGAGCAGCGUGCCAAGGGGAUGGCAUUCCAGAACAUGGCUUCCAGCGCGGCCGCGCUGGUGAACCAGUUUGCUUUUCCGAUUGCCAUGGAGGAUAUCGCGUGGAAGACCUAUUCGGUUUAUCUAGCUACGUGUUGGGCUGAGGCGAUAUACUACUACUUUAUCAUGGUGGAGACAAAAAACAAGACGCUGGAGGAACUUACCGACAUCUUCAAGAGUCCCAACCCGAGACUCGCAUCGCUUGUUCCAAAUCCGCAGGUCAAUGAGGCAGUGGCACAGGUGCAAGGUGUCAGGACUGUGUAA